CCUCAAGUACAAAAAUUCCCUUUUGAAACUUCAGAUUUUUCUUUGACUUUUUCUCACUCACACACCUUUGAAAUUACCGCCACCACAAUCACUACAAAUUGUUAGACAAUUGUUUUGCCAAAUUCCAAGCUACCGAAAUGUUCGAGCUUCGGCAUAUCAACUUCUGGAUCCGUCGGAUAAUACGUCAUUUGUUUCACCGCGACGAUGCCGUGUACUCGAUCUGGAACUUUUGUCCCACGCACUGCUGGAAUCAGUCCAUAGGGCUGCUCCAAUCGUGCGGCCUUUGCCGCACCGAAUGGUUCCCGGUCAUCUUCUGGCCGGUGGUGCUGCUCAGCCUCUGCGGAGCGGGCUCCAAUUGUUACGAGCUGAUGCAGGUGUGGAGCUGUCCCUGCUGGAAGAUGAACAUGUGGCGCCAGCGGCACUUCUACGUCCUUAACGACUGUGUGCUGCGCAAGGCGAGACUUUUGGGCUCCAGUCUUAGCCUGAUCGCGUGGCUUAUGCUCGUCUACGGCAUCUUGAGGGUUUCCCCCAGCGCAAUGUCGCCCUGGAUCCUGGUGACCAGUAUUGUUCUGACCGUGGAUUGGUUGAUGUGGUCCUUUGAUGUGAUCACCGGUCGACUGGCCAUAAACCUGCAUACGCUGCUGUCGCAUGUUCUGCACGUGUUCUUCUUGGGCAUGGUGUGCUGUGUGAAGAACGUGUUCGAGGUGGCGCUCGGGGAUCACAUGGAGCACUCGCUGCGGAUCAUUUGAGGACGGGGGACGCUGGCCGCCGAAUGUCAUCAUUAAGUAAAGGUGCAGGACCGGCAUAAUUGCAUCCCAGCCAGCAUUAAGCCCAAUUAAGUUGGCGGCGGCACGCACACCAUCUCGCCCUAAUCAGAGUAUAUGAUGCCCUUUUCAUUCUUUUCCCUUUGCCUGUGUAAAUACUCUUUCGUCCAGAAAAAGAUAAUAAU